UUAUAAAUAGCAUUAGUGGAUUAACUUUACUUAACCAUAUCCUUGCAAAUAGCAUUUUGCUGAAAAGAACCAUUUCUAAGAUCCUCUUGGUAGUAAAUGGAGUCACCUUCUUAAGGUUGUAUUGUAUGGGUGAGUUUAAGAGGGUGGGCUCCGGGGCAGGGCUGUCUGCUUUCACAUCCUGCCACAUGGGUAUGACCACGGACAAGCCUGAACCUUCCUAAACACCAGUUUCCUCACUGGUGAAGCAGGGGUGUUGCUAGGAUGAAGGUGGACCCUUUGGCAUAGGGAUUGCAAUUACAUAAAAUAAUCCACGUGACUUACUUAGGUUGCAUGACACCUGUGGGUUCUCCAUAAAUGAUAACACUGAUUUUGAACUUUGAUUUUUGUCAGUAACUGUAAGAAACAUCAGCAUGGAAACAACUGUGUAGAUGAUGUGGAGUCAGCUGCGUGUUGGGAGUUGAGAAGCAGACUUGUGGCUGGACCUGGGCUCAGGUUGAUUGAUUGCUCCAGCUCCUCUCUCUUUCCAGCCCAGUUGGGGGUGAGGCUGCUGGGGAUAUGAGGGAGUCAAACUGGUUUUUAAAAACAACACCAAAACUUUUAACAUAAAGGAAAUCUUUUUCCUCAAAAUGGAAUACUUUGUUCAGGUCAAGAGUUGGUACUUGAUAAAGCAAUAUCUUCUGAUGCUGGAUUAGAUUUUUAUUUUAAUCAAUUCAGUUUUAUCUACCACUCCUCCAUGGAAGCCCUGAGACUUAAGCCUACUUUUCAAGACUAAAAUGUACAAACAUUUUGUUUUGCAGAUUGGCAUAAACCCAGGACUAAUGGCUGCUUACAAAGGGCAUCAUUACCCUGGACCUGGAAACCAUUUUUGGAAGUGUCUGUUUAUGUCAGGGCUGAGUGAGGUCCAACUGAAUCACAUGGAUGAUCAUACUUUACCAGGAAAAUAUGGUAUUGGAUUUACCAAUAUGGUGGAAAGGACAACACCAAGCAGCAAGGAUCUUUCCAGUAAAGAAUUUCGUGAAGGAGGACGUAUUCUAGUGCAGAAAUUACAGAAAUAUCAGCCACGAAUAGCAGUGUUUAAUGGAAAAUGUAUUUAUGAAAUUUUUAGUAAGGAAGUUUUUGGAGUAAAAGUUAAGAACUUAGAAUUUGGACUUCAACCGCAUAAGAUCCCAGACACAGAAACUCUCUGCUAUGUUAUGCCAUCAUCCAGUGCAAGAUGUGCUCAGUUUCCUCGAGCCCAGGACAAAGUUCAUUACUACAUUAAGCUGAAAGACUUAAGAGAUCAGUUGAAAGGCAUUGAGCGAAACACAGACGUUCAAGAGGUGCAAUAUACAUUUGACCUGCGGCUGGCCCAAGAGGAUGCAAAGAAGAUGGCUGUGAAGGAAGAAAAGUAUGAUCCGGGUUAUGAAGCAGCGUACGGUGGUGCUUAUAGUGAAAAUCUGUGCAGUGGUGAACUUUGCAGCUUCUCUUCAGAUGGGCUGACUGACAGUGGAGGAUCAACUUUCAGUGACAUUCCAAAUGCGCAGUGGAUGACCCAGUCAUUUACAGACCAGUUUCCUUCCUUUAAUAAUCACUGUGGGAUGCAAGAACGGGAAGAAGGAAACCAUGCUUAAGAAUGGUGUUUCUCAGCCCUGCUUAAAUGCUGCAGUUUUAAUGCAGUUGUCAAGAAGUGGCCCUCUUGACACCACCUCAAAGUGGUUUGUUAACUGAAGUAUUUUAUUCAUAUUUUACUCUGGUGAUGUAAUCAUGGUACAGUAGAACUACUUACAGACCUAAGUACUUUGGAAGGAGAAAGUAGAGUUUUUUGUGUAUGAGUUUUUGUAUUGGAAUUAAUCAUCAUUCCAGCUUUUUAUAAACUAUCUUUCAUUUAUGAAGAAAUUGAUAUUCUUUUGGGAGUCACUUUUAACCUGUAAUUUAAAAAUGAAAGAGUCUGCAUAUUUACACUUGAUUAUUAACUGUGCAUAAACUUAGACGCACCUUAUCCCUUUCAUGCGUAAGAAGGGCAUGCUGAUGAUAAGAUUCCCACUGGUAAAGAGGCAAAUGUGCUGAUUUUUAUCUGUGAGGUUAACCCUCAGUGGAGUCUCAUUUGGUAUUUUUUAGUGGUGUUUGAUGGGCUUCCUGAGUUGUAUUCACACUCAGGCCUCUCUGCUUUACCAGGGGUGAGCGUUUGUGAGAGUUGCUUGGUAGUAGAAAUGGAGAGUAUGGCCUUGCAGCAGCAAGGCUAACCCAGCCUUACAUGUCAGGGCCAUGAGCCCUGGCUUUGGCCCUCUCACCCCCAUGUGUUGGUCCUCUAGUAGGCAGAAACUAUUCUGCUGGGAUGGUUAAGUUCCAGAGAGUGCAGAAGACCUUUUAACUUUUGCUACUUCAUCUGUGUUUUACUUGAGAGACAUACAUUUGAUAGGGAAGGAACUGAAUUUCUCUCUCAGUGUCUAUCACCAUUCAAAUUUUAUCCUCCUUGGCUUUAAGCAUGUAACAUGGAAAUGAUGAGAAAUGAACUUUCAGAUUGAGUAACAAGAUGCUGGAGGUGUUUGAUAAUCUUAUUUAAACUGGUGCUUUAUGUACAUGAGAUGUACUAAAAUAUGUAAUACAGGAUUUUUCUUGCUAGGUAAAUCAAAUAAGCCAGUAAUUUAAAAAAAUUCUUUCUCUUCAUCAUUGCUAUUUGUUACUGUGGACUAAGUGAACCUCAUGGGCAGGUUACUUUGAAGUAAUGUACCUUUGUGACUUUCUAAUGCAUUUUCCAUGGUGCUACAAAUAGUCCAGACUACUAGGCCUAGUGGAUAUCAAAGCUGGGUAUUCAGAAAUGCCAGUUGCAUUUACUCCUGAUCACUUCUGAAUAUUCUGAUUUUAUACCUACCCAGGGAGCAUGCUGUUUCUUGAUAUGAAAAUAUUUAUGAGGUUUUGUUUUUCUUCUAAAAGGUUAUAUAGCCUGUUUUUUUUGUAAUAAGAGAUACAAAUUAUUGUUGUGAAUCUUAACAUGAUUUUUUAGCUGUAGCUAUGAUGGAUUUUAUUUUUCCUUUAGUCUAGGUAAAGCUGUGUAAAAGUCAUUCGUGUUAUUUAAAUCAUGUACUGUACUGCUGUUUACAUGGAUGUUUUGUGCAGGUGCUUUGAAGUGCCUUGCAUCAGGGAUUAGGAACAAUUUAAUUAUUUUUUCCUGGGACUCUGUAAAGCAUGUAACUAGGUAUUGCUUUGGUUUUUAACAAUCACAGCCUUACAUAGAUUUUUUUUUUUGAGUGGAGAAAAUGCCUUUUAAAUUAUGAUGGACACGCACUAGAGAACGGGUUUGAAGAUUUUUUUUUCAAGCAUACAAUAAUGGUGUUUUUCAUUAAAUAUAACAGAUGAACAGUAAAUGUUGAUAUACCCUA